UCCCCGAUAAUGUCAAAGCUUCAGUGCCCGUUGUUACGAGAAACAGCAUAAAAUGGCGGAUGACCAUUGGAGCAUUCCCCGAGUAACUCCACACAUACAGAUCAGAGAGAGAGAGAGAGAGAGAGAGAGAAGACGUGUUAGGGAGAGAGAUGUGCACCUUGGAGAAGCGCGGCCGCGUCUACGUGCUAACCAUAACAGGCGACCAUGAGCACCGCCUCAACCCGACCCUGAUCUCCGCCAUCCGCGCCGCCGUCGCCCGCGUCCGCUCCGCCGCCCCACCCGGCGGCGGCGGCAGCGGCAGCGCCCUCGUCACCGCGGCGGAGGGCAAGUUCUUCUCCAACGGGUUCGACGAGUCCGUACCCGCCGAGCACCACGGCGCCAUGACCGGGGGCCUCCGCCGCGCCGUCGCCGACCUCCUCUCCCUCCCCAUGCCGACGAUCGCCGCCGUCACCGGCCACGCCGCCGCCGCGGGGUGCCUCCUCGCGCUCAGCCACGACUACGUGCUGAUGCGGGCCGAUCGCGGGUUCUUCUACAUGAGCGAGCUCGACAUCGGGGUCCGGUUGCCCGACUACUUCAACGCGGCGCUCCGGGACAAGAUCCCCGCCGCGCGGACGCGCCGCGACGUGGUGAUGCGCCCCGCGCGGAUGACCGCGGCGGAGGCGGAGAGCGCGGGGGUCGUCGACCGCGCCGUGGGGGGCGGGGCCGCGGCGGUGGUGGAGGAGGCGGUGAGGAUGGGGGAGGAGCUCGCGGCGAGGAAUUGGAACGGUGAGGUGUACGCGUCCGCUCGGAAAGGGGUUUUCCCGGAGAUGUGGAGAGCGGUGGCCGAGAAAGGGGGCGGGGACGGGGACGAAGACCAGGAGGAGAAGGAGAAGAAGGGGGCGGCGGGUUCGAGGCUCUGA